AUGCAUCUGAAGAAGAUGGGUUCAUCUGAGAGGAGAAACGACAAAGGUCGACGCAAGCAUGCUCGAGACAACGCACAGAGGCAGGGUUGCGAGGCUCUCUCCAGUGUUGUUCCCACGAGCUACUCGGGUCUUUGGGUACAGUCCUUUUGGAAACACAAGACUGAUUAUUCUCUAGAAUCUGUACAAACGGCUAUCGAACUUCAGAAGGUCCGUUUCAGUGGCACAUUCGAGUUCGAUGACAGCAACACUCUCUAUCUAGCGAAAAUAACGCAAUCGAAAUAG